CCCUUUUUGGCGUCUGCCCUCAGCCAAAAUGGCGCCAGCUCGGAAGUUGCCGAAGUGCUAGAAGUUGCCGAAGCAGGUCCGGAAGCUGCCGAGCGAAUCCGGAAGUUGCCGAAAGAGAGCAGCGGGGAAGGAGGAUGGCGGAUAUCAUCGCAAGACUCCGGGAGGACGGGAUCCAAAAGCGUGUGAUACAGGAGGGCCGAGGAGAGCUCCCUGACUUUCAGGAUGGAACCAAGGCCACGUUCCAUUACCGGACUCUGCGCAGUGACGAGGAGGGCGCUGUGCUGGACGACAGCCGGCUGCGCGGCAAGCCCAUGGAGCUCAUCAUGGGCAAGAAGUUCAAGCUGCCCGUGUGGGAGACCAUCGUGUGCACCAUGCGGGAGGGGGAGAUCGCCCAGUUCCGCUGCGAUGUCAAGCAUGUGGUCCUGUAUCCGCUGGUGGCCAAGAGUCUGCGGAACAUCGCCGCGGGCAAGGACCCCCUGGAGGGCCAGCGGCACUGCUGCGGCAUCGCGCAGAUGCACGAGCACGGUUCCCUGGGCCACGCCGACCUGGAUGCUCUGCAGCAGAAGCCCCAGCCUCUCAUCUUCGACAUCGAGAUGCUAAAGGUGGAGAACCCUGGCACGUACCAGCAGGACCCGUGGGCCAUGACGGACGAGGAGAAGGUAAAGGCAGUGCCAGUCAUCCACCAGGAGGGCAACCGGUUGUACCGCGAGGGCCAUGUGAAGGAGGCCGCCGCCAAGUACUACGACGCCAUCGCCUGCCUCAAGAACCUUCAAAUGAAGGAACAGCCUGGGUCCCCUGACUGGAUUCAGCUGGAUCAGCAGAUCACGCCACUGCUGCUCAACUACUGUCAGUGUAAGCUGGUGGCCGAAGAAUAUUAUGAAGUGCUGGACCACUGCUCCUCCAUCCUCAAUAAGUAUGAUGACAACGUCAAGGCCUACUUCAAGCGGGGCAAGGCCCACGCAGCAGUGUGGAAUGCCCAGGAGGCCCAGGCUGACUUUGCCAAGGUGCUGGAGCUGGACCCGGCCCUGGCGCCCAUCGUGAGUCGCGAGCUGCGGGCUCUUGAGGCGCGGAUCCGGCAGAAGGACGAGGAGGACAAGGCCCGCUUCCGGGGCAUCUUCUCCCACUGACAGGGCCCUGCCGGCCCAGCCCCCCUGCCCAGCCCACUGCUGCUGCCACCAGCCCACCUGCUCCCACUCUGUCAUGCUUCUCUGUAUAUAAAGGCCUUAUUUAUCUCUC